CGGAACGCUUCUUCACCACCUGCAGCCACUUCGGUAGCUCGCUAGACAACGAAGUCGGAACAUUCAAGUUCUUUAGACAAUUUCCUGGUUUGUUUGCCACUAUGAUUUAAACAUACUUAUGCGGAAACAACUAGCUAUCCCAUUGAAUUUAAUAUUUACGUUGUAAGUCAACUUGCUGGCUGGUUAAGUUAGCACUAGUCGCUAAUGCUAACUAGCUAACAUCUCUACCAUGAGUUCACUAAGCUACUCUCCUGCCGAAGAAGAGGUCUGCUGGACGGAGAAAGAAGCUCACGUGAAAGAGGAGGAGGAAGAGGAGGCUAUUACAAUACAAAAACAAGUAGAGGGUAAGGCUGUUACCAUGAAAGAAGAAGAGAAAGACGCCUUCAGAGUGAAAGAGGAGGAAGAUGUUACUGUGAAAGAAGAAGAGGAAUAUUCGGUUUUUGGAGUGGAGGAUGAAGUGAAAGAAGAUGAAGUGGUUUUUGGAAUAAAGGAUGAAGAGGGGGAGGUUACUGUCACAUUAGAGGAGGACGAAGAAGAGAGGACUGGAGAACUGAUGAACACCAGUAAAUACAGAGAGAGAUGUGACUAUCGUGGAUCCUCUGGGGGGCCUCAACAUCCUCAGGAUGCUGACAGGGCAGAGAAGAGUCUCUCCAGAUCAGAACACCUCAAGAAACACCAGCAGAGACCCACAGGGAAGAAAUCUAAUUGCUGCUCUGACUGUCGGAAAGGUUGCAAAUCUUCAUCAGAACUUAAAAUACACCAGAGAACACACACUGGAGAGAAGCCUUAUAGCUGUAAUCAAUGUGGGAAGAGUUACUUAAGAUCAGAUUCACUAAAAGUACACAUGAGAAGUCACACUGGAGAGAAACCUUAUAGCUGUACUCAAUGUGGGAAGAGUUUUAGUCAGUCAAGCAACCUGUUAUCACACCAGAGAAAACACACAGGAGAGAAAUAUUAUAGCUGUAAUCAAUGUGGGAAGAGUUUUACUACAUCAAGCCAUCUGAUUCGACACCAGAGAACACACACAGGAGAGAAGCCUUAUAGUUGUAAUCAAUGUGGGAAGAGUUUUACUCAGUCAAGCACCCUGGUAUCACACCAGAGAAUACACACAGGAGAGAAGCCUCAUAGUUGUAAUCAAUGUGGGAAGAGUUUUACUCAGUUAAGCACCCUGAUAUCACACCAGAGAACACACACAGGAGAGAAACCGUAUAGCUGUGACCAAUGUGGGAAGAUUUUUACUACAUCUAGUGAUCUGACCGUACACCAGAGAACACACACAGGAGAGAAACCUUAUAGCUGUGAACAAUGUGACAAGAGAUACUCUGAUAAAAGAUCUCUGAUCAAACAUCAGAAAAUACAUUCAUGAAGGAGUUGUUUCAUGAUAUCAAUGAAAUAAUGUCACAAUGUAGAAUGUUUUAACAUUGGAGUAGGAGUAUUUUAAUGAUGUCACAAUGUAGAACCCUAAAUGUUUGCCCCUUAUCAAUUGGUUUUGGCAUGAUAUGGAUAUCAGUGGGAAAAUCUUAGUACUUUCCAUUCAUCUUUCCCUUGAUCUUGACGAGUCUGCCAGUCCCUGCCACUGAAAAACAUUCCCACAGCAUGAUGCUGCAACCACCGUGCUUCACCGUAGGGAUGGUGCCUAGUUUCCUCCAGACGUGAUACAUGGCAUUCAGGCCAAAGAGUUACAUUUUGGUUUCAUCAGGCCAGAGAAUGUUAUUUCUCAAGGUCAGUCCUUUACAUGCCUUUUGGCAAACACCAAGCAGGCUGUCAUGUGCCUUUUACUGAGGAAUGGCUUCCCCAUGGCCACUCGAUCAUAAAAGGCCUGAUUGGUGGAGUGCUAUAUAGAUGGUUGUCCUUCUGGAAGGUUCUCCCAUCUCCACAGAGGAGCUCUGGAGCUCUGUCAUAGCAGGUUCUUGGUCACAUCCUUGAACAAGGCCCUUCUUCCCUGACUGAUCUGUUUGAAGAGUCUUGGUGGUUCCAAACCUCUCCCAUUUAAGAAUGAUGGAGGCCACUGUGUUCUUGGGGACCUUCAAUACUGCAGACAUCUUUUGGUACCCUUUGGUUUUCAUUUUUUGGUCCCCAGAUUUGUGCCUCUACAGAAUCCUGUCUCGGAGCUCUACGGACAAUUCCUUCAACCUUGUGGCUUGGUUUUUGUCCUGACAUGCACUGUCAACUGUGGGACCUUAUAUAAGACAGGUGUGUGCCCAAAUCAUGUCCAAUCAAUUGAAUUUACCGCAGGUGGACUCCAAUCAAGUUGUAGAAACAUCUCAAGGAUGAUCAAUGGAAACAAGAUGCACAUGAGCUCAAUUUCAAGUCUCAUAGCAAAGAGUUUGAAUACUUAUGUAAAUAAGGUAUUUCUGUUUUGUCAUUAUGGGGUAUUAUUUCAUUAUGGGGUAUUGUGAUGUCAUUGUGGGGUAUUAUGUCAUUAUGGGGUAUGGUGUGUAGAUUAAUGAGGAACACAAUAUUAUUUAAUACAUUUUAGAAUACGGCUGUAACGUAACAAAAUGUGUAAAAAGUCAAGGGGUCUGAAUACUUUCUUAAUGCUCUGAAUAUGCUUUUGGUUUACUGUUAGAAUAAGUUGUAUGACUACACCAAUACUGUUCAACGAUUCACAGACCUAGAAAAUACAUGUCCAACCUUGCUGCUAGAGAUCUAGCUACUGGGUGUGAAGGUUUCUGUUCCAACCCUGCACUAGCACCUGCUAUUGUGUUGAUUAUUUGGAUUAGACACUAUUCAAUCAUGUCUAAUUUUGGGGAUGGAUGUCUAAACCCACUGCCCUUUUCCACAGGUGUUCUUUAUGAUAGGAAAUAAAGGGCUGAUUCACAGAAUGAA